ACCCACCGGACAGAAUAGAAUCGCCCUUUUCUACUUCCGGUAUACGUUUCUCACAUGUUCGAAAGGAGGUAAACAACGCGGGUGUCAGCUCGCUUGAAUUAAAAAUGCCGGUAGCCGAAGAUACAUCAAGGAAUGACAUUUUCUUUGAAGAUGAGGAUCUGCCGUAUGAGGAAGAUAUUCUGAGGAACCCGUUCUCGGUGAAAUGCUGGCUCCGCUACUUAGAGCACAAGAAGGAGGCGGCCCGGGAGGUGGUCAACAUGAUCUAUGAGCGGGCACUCAAGGAGCUGCCGGGGAGCUAUAAACUGUGGUAUAACUACUUAAAACUGCGGCGAACCCAAGUACGAGGCCGGUGUGUCACAGAUCCGGCUUAUGAGGAUGCCAACAGUGCCUUCGAAAGGGCUCUCGUGUUCAUGCACAAGAUGCCCCGAAUCUGGUUAGACUAUUGCCAGUUCCUCAUCGACCAGGGGAAGAUAACCCGAUCCCGCCGUACGCUUGACCGAGCACUCCGCGCCCUGCCCAUAACUCAACACAACAGAAUAUGGCCUCUGUACCUCAAGUUUGUUCGCAUGUAUGAUCUGCCUGAGACAGCCGUCCGUGCCUACAGAAGACAUCUCAAGCUCCAGAAGGAGAACACAGAGCAGUACAUUGAGUACUUGAAGACCAUUGGCUGGCUGGAUGAAGCAGCCAUUAGACUGGCUGACGUCAUCAAUGAUGAAACAUUUGUCUCAAGGGAGGGCAAAUCAAAACAUCAGUUAUGGAAUGAGCUGUGUGAGCUGAUCGCCAAGAACCCUGACAAGGUGUCAUCACUGAAGAUUGAGCCAAUCAUCCGCCAGGGCUUGAAGCGCUACACCGACCAGAUUGGUGUUCUGUGGAACUCUCUGGCCAACUAUUACAUCCGUGGCCGACACUUCGAGCGGGCAAGGGACAUCUACGAGGAAGCCAUUCAGACAGUCAUCACUGUACGUGACUUCACACAGGUGUUUGACGAGUACGCCAAGUUUGAGAAGUCCAUGAUUGCCGCCAAGAUGGAAGCUAUGGAGGAGGCUGGUGCUUCUGAUGAAGAUGACCUUGACCUUGAGUUGCGUCUUGCGAGGCUGGAGAGUCUGAUGGACCGUCGACCACUUCUUCUCAACAGCGUCCUUCUGCGACAGAACCCUCACAAUGUCCAUGAGUGGCACAAGCGGGUGACUCUGUUUGAAGGGAAACCAAGAGAGAUCAUCAACACAUACACCGAGGCAGUUCAGACAGUCGACCCACAGCUGGCGUCCGGCAAGCCAAACACACUCUGGGUGGAGUUCGCCAAGUUCUACGAGAAUGCCAAGCAAAUAGAAGAUGCUCGGGUGAUCUUUGAGAAGGCUGUGAAGGUGCCGUACAAGCAUGUGGAUGACCUCGCCUCUGUGUACUGCGAGUGGUCGGAGCUGGAGAUCAGACAUGAAAAUAAUGAAGGAGCUCUGAAACUGAUGCAGAAGGCGACAAUGCCGCCUCCCAGGAAGGUAGCCUACCAUGACGAGACGGAGACAGUGCAGUCGAGAGUCCACAAGUCUCUGAAAGUGUGGUCCCUGUACGCUGACCUGGAGGAAAGCUUCGGGACAUUCAAGUCGUGUAAAGCUGUGUAUGAUCGCAUCAUUGACCUCCGGAUUGCGACCCCGCAGAUCAUCAUGAACUAUGGAAUGUUCCUCGAGGAGAAUAACUACUUUGAGGAGGCUUUCAAGGCCUACGAGAAGGGAAUUGCAUUAUUCAAAUGGCCGAACGUGUAUGACAUCUGGAAUACCUACCUCACCAAGUUCAUCGACAGAUACGGCGGCAAGAAACUAGAGAGAGCAAGGGACCUGUUCGAGCAAUGUCUAGAAAAAUGUCCUGAGAAGUUUGCCAAAGCACUGUAUCUGCUGUAUGCACGACUGGAGGAGGAGCAUGGACUGGCACGUCACGCAAUGGCGGUGUACGAGAGAGCCACUAAUGCUGUACUGCCGGAGGAACAAUAUGAAAUGUACAAUGUGUACAUAAAGCAGGCUGCGGAGAUCUAUGGCGUGACACACACACGGUCCAUCUAUGAGAAGGCCAUCGAGGUGCUGCCCAAUCAAGAAGCUAGGGAGAUGAGUCUGAGGUUUGCAGACUUGGAGAGGAAGUUGGGAGAGAUCGACCGAGCGCGAGCUAUCUAUGCCCACUGCUCCCAGAUCUGUGAUCCCAGGGUAGCACCAUCAUUUUGGGCGACCUGGAAGGAGUUUGAGAUCAAACAUGGCAAUGAGGACACUGUGAGAGAAAUGCUGAGGAUCAAACGCAGUGUUCAGGCCAUAUACAACACACAGGUGAACUUCAUGUCAUCCCAGAUGCUGGCUGCAGCAGGUAAGGGUGAUGCACCGGCUGCAGCAGGCGGAGUUGUCGUAGAGCCCAACGAGAUGCAGAAGCUGGAGGAGAAGGCACGGCAGCUAGCGGAGGAGGCAGUGCGAGACCAGCCUCAGCAGCCGGACAAGAAACUACUGUUUGUCAGGAGCUCGACCACGGCAGAUGAUAUUGGCGAGAUGGUGAAGACCGUCAACCCUGAGGAGAUCAACAUUGACUCUGACUUCUCCAGCGAUGAUGAUGAGGAAGUAGAGGAGGUUGAAGUACAGACUCAGAUCAUCCCCAACAAGGUGUUUGGGGGACUUGUCAACGAGGAGGAGGAGGACUAAGCGUCACCUGGAUAUUUGUGCCUCAUAAACAUUUGUGGCAGUUAUGACACUUCUCAGAGCUUCAGGUUUUCAUAAUGGUCAAGGGUCCAUGGGUGGCCCUGUCUUCCAAGGUGCUGCAAUUCGCUGUGUAGUGUUGGAUCCCUUAGGGUGCCAGAAGCUAUAAUCGUGGGUUUGGAUCCGGUUCACUCUGAUUAUUUUCCAAGGUCUGUCAGCACCACACCUGUGCUAGUUGGUUUCACAUAAAUGUUACAUGUCUAAGUCCGGGAUCACUUUGGGUCCCCCCAAAUUUAAGCUGACAUGCCAUGAUAUAACUGAAAUACUGUUCCAAGAGGCAUAAAACCCUACUCACUUUCUCACUCACAAUGCUCUUGGUGCAACAGACAAGAUCCAGCAUCUUGGGAGAGAUUCAUCCUAUGUUGUAACACACUUGGCAGUAUGCAGUGCUGAUGGACAAGAAAAUUGAAACACAUUGAUAUUGUGUAAUUUGGAAUAUGGCUUUCAAAUCUGAUAGCAUCCUAAACUACAUGUGUAUUUCAUGUUGUAGCUGUUAAUGACCAUACACAACACUGUUUGGUGGUGAAUACAAGGUGUAUAUUCCUGUGUAUGUAUCGACCACCACCAGAUGAUCCUCUGAUAUGCUGAUGACAAACACACGGACUGCAGCGCUUCUGUAUUGUAAGAUACGAUUGUGGAAUAAAUACUGAUACAGUG